AGAGCGCACUGGAGGCGGAGGGGCAUCAGCCACCAGCCCGCUCCCCGCCUCCCUGACAGAGCCUCGGGCAGCAUGGGGGUGACAGGUAUCAGUACAUUUCCCUGCUGUGGCAAGGAUUCAGUGGACAUUGUGGAAAGACAGAGUGACCACCCCCGCCACCACCACCAUCACACCCAUGAAGAAAACGAGGAUGAAGAUACAGAGGUAGAAGCAGAGUUACCAAGGACAGAGCCCCCACCCAAAGUGGACCCAGAGCUAGGUCCAGUACCACAGCUGGAGGAGAUGGAGCCAGAAUUACCCUCUAAAACUACGCCUGAGACUGAAGGAGACAGCUAUACUGAAAGCCCAGAGCAGCAGAACUAUAGGAUCGAAUCCCUCAAGCCUUAUGAAGAGGAGGAGAUGGGUGGCUAUCGCUCCAUCCCUGUGCAGACCUCUAAACAUCUUUUCUGGUCAAACAAGCUCAUCCAGGCAUCGGAGCACAGUCUACAGAAGGCCUUAGAAACGCAUCACAGGAGCCCCCAGGAGAAGAAGCCCAUCUCCAUAUCCCAGGUCUACACAGAAUGCACCCAACCACCAUCCAGCCCCCCAGUGUCUCGACCCACCACGCCCACAGCCAUUGGCCUAGCCGAUCUGAUCAACUUCGCAUCGUCCCUGGCUGUAGCCUCCUCCAGCAACAUGACCUUGCCUAACUUAGAGAACAUGAUCAAAGGAACAUCUGAGAAGUCCCAGAAUACCUCUUUAGACUUUUGUCAGCCUGUCCAGGCCAUCAAGUUUGCCCAGGCUACCCAGAUCACCCAGAUAUCCUCAGAGAAGCAAGAUGAGUCCCCCAAAAGCAUGGCUCACAAAUCUUGGACUCAGGAAACCAGGAAUGUAGCUUGCUCUUACCUGGAUAUUAACCAGGCAGGGCUCAAGACAGCUACCAUCCAAGGGGAAGUGAAGUUUGUCCAGACACCAAUCGCAUCCCCUCAGCUUCAGGAAGCCAAAGAGGACUCGGUGCCGGGAACCAAGAAAGGGAAUCCCUUAUUGCUGAAAAUCCAUUUUAAGCUGUCAUCCCCUCAGCCCCAGAGAAAUGACUAGACAAAAACAUUAAAGCCUCCAGUGCUGG